CAAUACGAGGUGGAGUGCGAGAGUGGUAGGAAAAAGCCAGCCGCUGACCGUGUGCACAACAAAGCACAAACAUUGUUUUCUCAAAAUUUCAUACAUCAUCAAUUGUCGCAAAAUAAAUGUUUUUUCCCAUGUAAAAAUUAAAUUACAUGUGACAAUUCAGUUUCUCUUCUUCUUCCUCUGACUUUUCUCACUACUGUUCCUGUACCAUAGUAUUUUCAAUUUGCGAUAAGAUCCAAAAAAAAAAACCCACCCUUUACCUUCUAUUCUUCAGAAAAGUCUCCAUUUUGUUAAUACCCAUGUUCCAUAAUCGUGUUCUUACCAACCUCACAUAUUCAAAAGUUGACUCGGCAACUUCAAUUUAGAUCCAUAGCGUCUGUUGUAUUAUUAAGAUUUGAUCUUUCAUGUCCCUUAGUAGAGGGUGGUUACCAUAGAAAAAUUUAAUUUUUUUAUUAUAAAUUUUGUUUUUUUUCGAGUUUUUUAGCAAGAUGCAAUCGAGGGUUGUGGCAUCUGAAGAAGGAAAAUCAAAAGGGUUAUCACUGGGAUCAAUGCGUUUAUUUGUUGUUUUCAUUGCUCUAUGUGUUGUGUUUUCUGUGAUAAGCAUAUAUACUAUUAAGCAUUUUGGAAUUAAGAGUGUGGUUACUACAAUGAGUUCAACUUUACAGCCAUGUGUUGAGGAACAUGGUGGUUUGGAACAAUGGAUUAAACCUCCUUCAAAUCUGAUCCAUAAUAUGAGUGAUAGUGAACUUCUUUGGAGAGCUUCUUUGGUUCCUAAGGUUAAACGUUACCCUUUUCGAAGAGUUCCUAAGAUUGCUUUUAUGUUUCUUACUAAAGGACCAUUGCCUCUUGCACCUCUUUGGGAGAGGUUUCUCAAAGGGCAUCAGAGACUUUUUACCGUUUAUAUUCAUCCAUUUCCUUCUUAUCAAGCUCAUUUUCCUCCUUCAUCUGCUUUCUACAAGAGGCAAAUCCCUAGUCAGAUUGCUGCGUGGGGAAAAAUGAGCAUGUGCGACGCCGAAAGAAGACUAGUUGCCAAUGCACUACUCGACAUCUCCAACGAGUGGUUUAUACUACUGUCCGAAUCAUGCAUCCCUCUCUACAAAUUCAGUACAGUCUACAACUACUUAUUGAAAUCCAAAUUCAGCUUCGUCGGCGCAUUUGACGAUCCCGGUCCAUACGGAAGAGGACGCUACAACCCAAACAUGGCUCCUCUAGUAGACAUUACAAAAUGGCGUAAAGGCUCUCAAUGGUUCGAAGUAAAUCGAAAGCUCGCAGUCAGCAUUGUGGAAGACACCGCGUUUUAUCCUAAGUUCGAACAAUACUGUAGACCGGCUUGUUACGUCGACGAGCACUAUUUUCCAACCAUGUUAACGAUUCAAGCGGGGGGUGCGUUGGCGAACCGGAGCAUAACUUGGGUGGAUUGGUCGAGAGGCGGGGCCCACCCAGCUACAUUUGGAAAAUCGGAUAUUACGAAGGAGUUUUUCGACAGAGUUCUUGGAGAUCAAAAAUGCAUAUAUAAUAAUAGAAACUCUUCUGUUUGUGUUCUUUUUGCUAGAAAAUUUGCUCCCAGUGCUUUGGAACCUUUGUUAGAAAUGGUGAAUUCAAAAGUCUUAGACUUCUGAUACAUAUAGAUGUAGAAUAAAAGUCUUUAGAUGAUUGUAGUGAUGACCUCAAUUUUCAUAACUUUUGAGUCAUUUUUGAAUGUACAAAAGGAACGUAUUGGAUCAUACAUUUGUUUCA